UGACUCACUUGUUCAGUGUGUGACUGCUUCCCUUGUUAGUUGGCAGUUUUUUGUUUUUUUUGGGGGGUAGGUUUCUUGUCACCUCUCUUAGUCCUGAAAUCUCUUCUUAUGUCUUCUUAUAAGUGCAUGUAUGCCGGCACAGCUAUCACACUGACCUAUAUGUAGCGCCGUGCCAUGUCUGUGGCCCGGGCUACUCAGGCAGAGCAGAGCUCGGAGGUUUCAUAAGGUGUGUUAUGAAAUGGAUGCAGUAGUUGUCCUUGUUCCCAAAAACUGUAUCCUUAUCUCGAUUCACAACAACUUUAGUGGCAUUUUAUGUGGAUAAAACUCAAUUCAUGUGGGUGAAUUGUCCCCUUUUAAGCAGACACUGGCAUGACGACUUGGGCUGCUGUUUCUAGAAGAAGCCUGAAUUUAGUGUGAUCUCUGUUAUUCCAUUCAAAAUCAGUUGUUGCCGCUGAAAGUAGCCUCUAGUGUUGGAGCAAUGAGCCAUUUAAUCCAGGGUGAAGUGUUUCCUGUAACCCUUCAUAACAGUGCUCCUUCAGCUCUGUGGAAAACUGUAACAAAUUGGAUUAAUUAGCAGCAGAAAUCCGACAAAUUUGCCUCUGGACAUAUUGUACUCCCUUUGGAUGGACGUACAGUUGUCAGUGUGCUGUUAUACUUCUGCUUAUUUAUUUUAACAAGCAAACAUAAAACACCACAAAGUUCGUGUGAGACUUUUACAAACAAGGAUUGUACAAAAAUGUACAUUUUGUGAUUCUAGGCUGGUGCUAAAGUAACUCCAGAUGUGCAAGUGAAUAUAUGGUUUAGUAGUUUUGCUUUAGAAAACUAUGUUUCACAUAUACAUACAUAUACACAGGCACAUUGACAUUACCAGUAGAAGAGCCUCUCUGUUUGUUGUUUUUUGUGGUGAAUCGUGUUUAACGUGUGAGAUGACGAAGAGAGGCGUCUGUCAUCUUCACAUCAAUGCUGAUCAGAGCUGAGAAUUAGAGGUUGUUGUUUUUGUCCAGUGAGAAAAGGCCUUAACUGGCGUAGGUCUCGUUUCGUAACAAGUGAAGGAAACAGUUGUGAGCAUUUUGCUUUUUAAAAGCCGUUGUUUGACACAUGAGAUCCAAGACAAAAUUAAGAGCAAAUUACCUUUUAAAAAACAGCGUUUGCUGAAUAAAAGCUAAGCUUAGCUGCAGGAUAACCACCAAGUAUUAGAGAACGGUUCUGCAUGGAUCAUGUAACUUUUAUGACUUGAGUUAGUGAGCCGGGGUUUUUCAGGGACCUUGACACACAUUUCUUCAACCACAUUCCUCCUCUGUGCCCUUCAUUCUGCUUCACAGACACACACACGUACAAGCUGUCGUCUGGUCAACAGAGCCCCCCCACCCCCUGUCAUUUACAAGCGUCCAUGUGUGAGAGGAAGGAGGCUAUUAGAUUGACAUAGCACUUAAAACAACCAAAUUCUUCAUCCCAUAAUUUGUGUUGCAGUGUGAAAUAAGAGUACUGUUAAUAUCGGACACAUAUUAAUACUUUCUAAUUUAGUUGUGUGUGUACUUUAAUGUAUUUAUUUACUGACCAACAAACACACAAACAGGCCGCAUGAAUGUGUGGGCGGCUGCUUCCGUACAUGCUCUGUGUUCCUGGGUGUGUUUUUAGAAAGGGGAGGGGAUAAGGGACGAUCGGCCGUACGAGUCCCCCCUCAAUGGGGCCCCGGCUUCAGCACGAAGGGUUAUGUAAGUUUUUCAACUGCCAACCCUCCUGCAUGCCCCUGCCUCACACUCUCAUUGCAUUUUACCAGAGAGGAGCACACAGAGCGGUCGGCUAGUAGUCAGUGAGGCAGUCAGUCACCAAAGACUGGCCGGGUUCAAAACAAGGCUGAGGAGAGGAGAAACACGCCUCCCGCUUUGCUUAUUUUGAAAGUUCUUUAUCCUUGAAAGAGGGAAGCGUUUUCUGUGAUUUCAACAGCAGGAGAUAAAAGAGGAGAGGAAGAAGGAAAGCUGAGAAGGACUCUCGUCUUUACUCGAUAACCAUGCUGCUCCUGGACGAAACGGAGUCAUUCGCAGACCAGUCCCACAGUGCUCCCUUCAGCUCCGAGAAUGAGGCUCAGGGAGGCGACUCGGCCGCCUGGCAGUGUACCCCUCCCCCAUCUACCUCUGCCCGUCCUCCUCCCUCGCAGCCCGCAUCCAGGUCCCGCUCCAGGCCGGCCAGCCAAAGCCCCCCCCCUCCCUCCGCCCCGACAGGCACCAAGAAGAGGAGCUCCAAACCGGCACACAUGAGACGCAACAUCAGGAAGUUACUGCUGGAGCAUCAGUUGGAGUCAGUGACCAAAGCCGCCCAGCAGGACGAGUUGGAGAGAAGGAGACGUCUGGAGCAGCAGAGCAAACAGGAUUUCCCCGUACCACUGCUGCCUGAAUACACAACUGGUGAUGUGUCAAAGCAUGUGUCGUCAUCGGCGGCCUCUACAGCGUCGCAGCAAGAAGUGAAGUCGGUCCAACCGGGAGUGAUCUGCCUGGACUCCAGCAGCACCGGCCUCAGCGAGAACAGAAAGACUGACGUACCUACGACAGAGCGCUCACACAAAACAGAUGUGAUAUAUCUGAGUUCGGGCGAGGACGACACCGUCGAACACAUCAGCAGAAAAUUCACCGUCGAGAAAGAAGAGAUCGAGCCGAGCGGCGCGCACGCCAAUGACGCCCUUAACCGACCGGACCCCCGGGGCCGGGUGCUGGUCAACUUGAACCAUCCGACUGCAGAGAAGGACAUUUUCCUGAUGCCUCAGUUGGCGCGAGCAGUCAAACCUCACCAGAUCGGCGGAAUCCGUUUCCUGUACGACAACCUGGUGGAGUCGGUGGAGCAGUUCGGCGGCAGCAGCGGAUUCGGCUGCAUCCUCGCUCACAGCAUGGGCCUGGGCAAAACGCUGCAGGUCAUCGCCUUCAUCGACGUCCUGCUGAGACACACCCAGGCUCACACCGUUCUCGCCAUCGUACCUGUGAACACGCUGCAGAACUGGCUGUCAGAGUUCAACAUGUGGGUCCCAGCCCCGGAGGCGUUACCUCCAGAUACCGACCCGGGACUGGUGACUCCUCGUGCCUUUAAGGUUCACAUCCUCAACGACGAACACAAGAACACAGCGAGCAGGGCCAAGGUGGUGGAGGAUUGGGCUCAGGACGGCGGGGUGCUGCUGAUGGGCUACGAGAUGUACCGCCUCCUGUCGAUGAAGAAGAGCUUUGUGGCUGGGAGGAAGAAGAAGAGCAAGAAAACAACCGGACCUGUCGUCGUCGACCUGGAUGAAGAGGACAGGCAGCAGGAACUGCUCAAAGGUAUCGAGAAAGCCUUGGCCCGGCCUGGUCCAGACGUGGUGAUAUGCGACGAAGGCCAUCGCAUCAAGAACUGCCACGCCAGCACGUCGCAGGCUCUGAAGAGCAUCCAAACCAGACGCCGCGUGGUCCUGUCCGGCUAUCCGCUCCAGAACAACCUGAUCGAGUACUGGUGCAUGGUCGACUUUGUCCGACCCGACUUCCUAGGUACGAGGCAGGAGUUCAGUAACAUGUUUGAGCGUCCCAUUCUGAACGGGCAGUGUGUGGACAGCACGCCUCAGGACGUCCAGGUGAUGAGGUACAGGAGCCACGUCCUGCACAGCCUGCUGGAGGGCUUUGUACAGAGGCGAGGUCAUGACGUCCUGAAGGACCAUCUGCCCUCUAAAGAGGAGCACGUGAUUCUGGUGCGUCUGUCUCCCCUGCAGAGGGCGCUCUACACAGAGUUCAUGAACCGCUUCAGAGAGGCAGGAAACUCCGGCUGGCUGAGCCUCAACCCACUGAAGGCUUUCUGCGUCUGCUGCAAGAUUUGGAACCAUCCAGACGUGCUGUACGAGGCCUUACAGAAGGAAAGCCUGGCCAGUGACCAGGACUUGGACCUUGAUGACAUCACUUCCACAGGUCUCACCCGAUGUCCAACCGCACCCAAUCAAAAGUCCAAGCCCCUUGAGAACCCCAACCCCAUUGGUGGACUAAGUCUCAACCAGCUGCAGGAGAAAGCCAAUCAGGUCAUCACUUACGAAUGGGCGAAGCACAUCCUGUACGACUACAAGCCCGGCUACCUGGAGAACUCUGCAAAAAUGAUGCUGCUGUUCCAUCUGAUCGAGGAGAGCGUCAGGAAGGGAGACAAAAUCCUCGUCUUCAGUCAGAGUCUGUCCACACUGACGGUGAUAGAGGAUUUUCUGGCUAAGAGACCAGUGCCUCCAUCGCCCAACACGUCCAGCAGGGACAGACCCAAUCAGAACUGGGUCCGCAACCUCAACUACUACAGACUGGAUGGAAGUACAACAGCCUCAGAGAGAGAGAGGCUUAUAAACCAGUUCAACGCUCCGUCCAACACCUCGGCAUGGGUUUUCCUGCUGUCAACUAGGGCUGGUUGUCUGGGCGUAAACCUGAUUGGGGCAAACCGCGUGGUGGUGUUUGACGCCUCCUGGAACCCGUGCCACGACGCCCAGGCCGUGUGCCGCGUCUACCGCUAUGGGCAGAAGAAGCCGUGUCAUAUCUACCGGCUGGUGUGCGACUUCACGCUGGAGAAGAAGAUCUACGACCGCCAGAUCUCUAAACAGGGCAUGUCAGACCGGGUAGUGGAUGACCUGAACCCUGUGCUGACCUUCACCCGGAGGGAGGUGGAGUCUCUUCUUCACUUCGUGGAUGAGGAGCCGGACCCCUCCCAGGUCCAGCUGCAGCCCCACGACAGCAUGGAGAGCGUCCUCCGGAAGGCUCUGCACCUCUAUCCUCACCUGAUCACUAAGCAACCGUUCCCCCACGAGUCCCUGCUGAUAGACCGCAGGGAGCUGAAGCUGACCAAAGCGGAGAAGAAAGCAGCAAAGAAAGGUUACGAAGAGGAGAAAAGGGCGUCUGUGCCCUACACCCGCCCGUCCUACGCUCACUACUACCCUGCCAGUGACCAGAGCCUCACGAACAUCCCCGCCUUCAGUCAGAGAAACUGGCGUCCACCUCCUCGUUCCGAAGAGAAACCAGUCGCCAGUGUCCGGCCGGUCCAGUCAACUCCAGUUCCCACGAUGCCCCGGCAGGCGUCUGCAGGCUCUGCUCCAAGCAACGACUCGUCGGAAUCCAGCAUCGGAGGCUUUCCUGUCAACUGCCUGGAAAAAGCCGGAGUGUUUGUCCAGAAGAUCGUUACCACUUCUGACAUAGUGAUUCCAGGCACCAACAGCUCAACCGAUGUCCAGGCCAGGAUCAUUGCUGGAGAGAGCAUCCACAUCAUCAGGGGCACCAAAGGGACUUACAUCAGGUCGUCUGAUGGUCGAAUCUUUGCCAUCAGAGCAGCUAAUAAGGCCAAGACGGCAGAGGAGAGUACUAAAGCACCACCCAAAGACUCAAAGGCCCUACCAGAGGAAGCGUCAACCAAUGGCAGCAACGGUAGCCUGUCACCUGACAGGAAGCAGCAGCCCCGCCCUCUUUCACCUGACAGCCCGGAGAUCAUCAGCGAGUUGCAGCGCUACACGGGUGGCUCAGGAGCUGGCACCGCCUUAGGCUCCGGAGCUCCGCCAGAGAGGGCGGCAGAGGGCGACACGAACAAGCUGCCUUCAGCCAAACUGGCCCCGGCCAAUGGCAGCAACGGGAGCGGUUUUGCUCCUGGAAAUCCGAGCCACCAUGAUGCCUCUGUGACUAAUGUGAUCCAGCCCACUGUAGCUCAAGACCUGAGAACAGGCUCCAAGCGCAAAGCCUCCACCCUGUCCCUGGAGGAGCGGCCCAGUAAGCAGCCCUCUGCAGGCCAACACUCCUCAGCCCCUCUGGCCACACAGGGCUUCCCCUACACCGGGGGCUACAGCCUCCCUCCUCUGGGCCUUAACCCCGCCAUUUUGGGUGGGUCACUGGGGCACCCGCUCUACAUGGGGGCGGGCUCGCCUUACUUCCAGCCCCCCCAAACUCAACUGAGGGACCCCGGUUACAUGUACCCAGAACUUUUCGGCUUUGGCGGAGCCAGCGCAGUCCCCACCUCUUCUUCUUCCUCCUCCUCCUCCACGACAAACACUGCGACUGCCGUCUCAUCUUCCUCCUCAUCUUCCUCCUCAUCUUCCUCCUCAUCUUCCUCCUCAUCUUCGGCGCCGGUCAAAGCUGCCAGUUCAGUCCCAGGAGCCCUGCCGCCGUUCAUGCUGAGCCCCAGCAUGGUGGGCAUGGCCGGGAUGCUGCUGCCAGGCUUCCCUCUCUCUUACAGCCAGUCUCUGGCCAGCCUGUACACGGGGUCGAUGCUCCCUGGUGGGCUGCCGGGUCCGGCCGCCACCCCUGGUCCAGCCGGAGCCAGCUUCCUCUCCCAGUACUCUCCCACUGCUGCCUCCAGUUCCUCCUCAUCUUCUCCUUCCUCCUUCUCCCCUUCAGCACGGUUCGAGGGCCACCGGGGCCCGGUGCUGAUGAACUGCAGGAACGGCAGUAGCACCAGCAGCUCGGAUGAUGACGACGAUGUAAUUGAGGUUGGGGGACAGUGACAGACGAAUGACGCGGUGGUCUGAGCAAGCUUGAUUCAAUUUACAAACCAUCAAAAUGGGAUGACAUCCUGUUUCCCGGGAGGCAGGCUUUGAACGGCCUGCCCCGAGGCCAUGAGGGAAACGGACAAAAACAAUGAAAGACAAUUGUCACUGAAGUGUUUCCUCUACUUGCCUUGGAGAAACAGUCAGAAUGGGGAUGAAGACAGACUGGACACAGCGACAAAUCUUAAUGAUGGGUAUCAGAAGAUGAAACCUGAGGAAGAACAAAGAAAAUAAAAAUCCGAAGACUUUGGGCUUCCAAGUUACUGUCCAAUACUUAGAACUGCUGAGCUCAGGCCUGCGGUGACCUCAAAUGGUCACUAGUUGUAGUGUUGACGUUAGAGACUCUAGUUCUGCAGCUUUGCUAAAUGUGGACUCUUCGCUUUUUUCAGCUAAUAAAAAGAUGACGUAGGGCGGAGUUGCUUAUAAAAAUUGAGUUAGCUGGUGGUAACAUUUGUUAAAUAUCAGUAAGUGAAAUGGUAUUGUUUGUCAGUUGUCGAAUAUUGCAACUGACUAUUUCUUCAAAUGGUAAAAAGAUCAAACAGAACUUUUAAAAAGCAUUUUGAUUGAACUUAAUAAUUCACUGCCAGGACAGGGGUAUUGUAUGUUUCUGUUCUUAAAGAAAAGGAAAAAGAAGAAGCGGGAUCAUCUUAAAUAGUAGAAGAGGCGGUUGAGGAUGAAGUUAAAGACAACUACUGAAACCUUGACGUUCUAAUGAAAGAAUGUAUGCCUAAUCAAAUGCCUUUACACCAGGCCUUUUUCAAAAAACUCCUUCUAUUUAGGCAUCUGACGUGGGAAAAUCUGAUUUUUCUUUUCUGUAUUUUAUAUUUACUUUUCAAAGAAAACUCAUUGCCUAAAAACAGCCAGGUGAAAAUGAAAAAAAACGAACUCGUAGCGGAGGAACAACCAACAGAAAAUGCCUUUUUGCCUCCAUCUUUCUGAAUGUUAACUGUGAGAGAGGGGAGGUGAAGAGAGAGACGGGCGGUCACUGCAUCUCACCCACAGUCUUACUGUAGCCUAGCGAACAGCGAUGCAAAACACUCACUCAAGCCUAUAUACUGUUUGUGUUCGUACAACCCCUGAGGAAGUACUCUUGGUUCUGGUUACGCUUGUGUCGUUCCUGUGUCCGUAUCUGUGUGUCGUGUUCUUAAGUGUUGCAAAAGGAAUCGUUCAGAAAUAUAUAUAUAUAUAUAUAUAAACUCCUGUUGCUCGGUUUGGUUACUUGUUCUGAUGACGACACGGAUAUUCCACCUCUGCUGUGUUGUUUUUAUUUCCCUCUCUCUCUGUCUCAUCUCAUUUUGUGAACAGAGGUCAUUGUGUUUAUUUUCUUGUGUUGUUUUUUGGAGAGAGACGAGGUAGCUUUGCCAAAAGUGAGAAAUGCACGAGCGCAUCGGAGACCGACAUCGAAGAGGAUCGCGUCUUAACCACAAACCAUCGUUCUGCUGUUCCAAUUGAUCCCCUCUGAUCACACAAACCGAUCGAAAGAGCUUUAAAAACCAGCUCUUCGGCUGAAAAACAAAACUCUGAACACCGUCACGUAAAGACCGAUCAUUUCCUGCUCUUUUUCCAUGUCCUUUUUAGUUUAUUUAUGUAAAAAAUGUAGUUCUCUUCUUUUUACAACAUUUUGAAUUUACCAAAUGUAUUUAUUGAC